AUGACUGAAAGAUCAUUCCAGUCACUGAUUAGUGGUAUUUCCCUGCAUGACGAAGCUGCACUCAAUAACAUUUCUCUAAAAGCUGCUCUUGACAGUCAAAAUUUUGAUCUAAAUGGGCAGAGUCAUGAGGAUGGAUUAUCUGUUCCUGGAAAAGGAGUAAACAUUGUUUCUAAGCCCAGGAUGCUUUCUUCUGGAAUACCUGCUAGUUCCGGUUGUGGGACACUAACUAUGGCUCCUGUUCCUAUAGGUGCUCUUGCUCCCGGUAAAAUUGGUCUCCCACUCAGUGAUUUAGAGAAUAUUCCUAUUUUUAACACUGGGGACUCCGGUCCUCUAGAACUACAAGCUUUGCAAGGUGGUGCACAAGCACUUCAAGGUGUUCAAACUGUCAAGCUGACGUUUAUCAACUGUGGAGAUCAACAAACUAUUCUUCUUACUACCCCUUCUACACAUUUCACUAUGCCUGAGCAAAGUUUAGAUGGCAUGACUCUCACCCUGCCUGAUAACUUAUUAGCUACCGAUCUUAAUUUUGCUGGGCUUACUUCAAUGCAGCUGGGUGAGAUGACUAGUGGCAACGAUAAGCCCAAUUCAUCGGAAGGCUCCAAGUCCACAAAUUACACAAAUAUGACUUCCCUCCCACCAAUAACCUCCGUGUCAGACAAGCUUUAUAGUCAAAUCGCCAACGAUAACGAAUCAAUUCAGCAAAGCCACAGUUACGCUAUUGAGGAUUUAAAACCGGUAAUGCAAAAAAACAAUGAAAAAAUACAUGAUGGGAAUUCUGCUUAUGCUCACACUAAUCAGUCUGGCAAUUUGAAUGCGUCGCCAGUUGUUGUUACAUCCCAAAAUACGUUUAAUCAAUCAAUGAAUGUUAAACCCGUAAAGCUAAUUGACCCAGGGAACGUAUCACCUAUUCCUCAAGUUGAUGGCAGUGAUCAGGAAGGUAAUGAUCAAAACCUGCCAGAUGAUAUGAGUGAACUCAACACUAAGGAUUUAGCCCAAAGAAUAAGCGCAGAGCUAAAGAGGUACAGCAUUCCACAAGCAGUGUUUGCACAACGAGUUCUGUGUCGAAGCCAAGGGACGCUUUCUGAUCUGCUUAGAAACCCAAAACCUUGGAGCAAGCUAAAGUCAGGACGUGAAACGUUUAGACGCAUGUGGAACUGGUUGAACGAACCUGAGUACCAGCGGAUGUCUGCCUUACGCCUUGCAACGUGUAAACGAAAAACAGAAGAAACUCAGAAAGCUCAAGAUGAACGCUCUUCAAAAAAACCUCGACUUGUUUUUACUGAUAUUCAAAGACGCACGUUACAUGCUAUUUUCAAAGAAACUAAGCGUCCUAGCAAAGAAAUGCAAGCCACCAUUGCGCAGCAGUUAAAUCUGGAAGUAUCUACGGUUGCUAAUUUCUUCAUGAAUGCUCGUCGCAGAUCUCUUGACAAGUGGGUAGAUGACAAAGAUGUACAACUAACUGCCUCAACGUCUUCCCCAGUUCAUAGUCUGGAAGGGUCUCCACCCAACCACAGUGCACGCAUGUCCACCCACAUGGGUGAUCAUUGUGUUGUACGGUCAGCACAUGAUGCAAUUACCACCCCACACCUUGCUGAAUCAAUGAAUGACUCAGUCCUUAAUCGAAUCCCUGGUUGUCAUUCAGCUAUUCCAACUUCUGUCGAGCUUUCAUCAUCCCCUGCACCGCCUAGUUUAACUCCGGAUCCAUCAUUAUCUAUGAACCAUUCUGACGUCCAUCUCAAUGCACCCUGUCUUGUUAGUGAAGAUGCUCGUAACACCUUGCUUUUAUCAUCUGGUGACUCAAAUGUGUUGCCAUCUCAGUUGCUGAGUCAUUUAGUUGUUGGCGGACAAAAUGCUAUGUUAGUCACCCAAAAUGUAAGCCCGAAUGGUGAUAAGAACAUAAUGCACUCCACUCCACUUUCCUCGUCAUGUAUUACGUCAUCUGGCCUUUCUACCAUAAAAUCAGCAUUGGAUUCUCUGUGUGACCCUCCAUCUCUGUCACCUCAUUCUCAUCUUCCUCCCGCUCCCGUUGAGUCUUUGCACAAUAUUCAUCCUAUACCACGUUCGAUGGCGCACCGAUCAACAUCUGAUACGAUUUGUGCUGCAAACCACGUCUUGCCUUCUGCAUCUACGCUUAUAGGUCAUGAUAGACUUAUUGUUGAUUCUAUUGGUCAGUCCUCAUCUACAACAGUCCUAACUUCCUCACAUAAUUUGGCCGACACUUUAGUUCUACAUGCAAAGCAGGAAGAUUUAAGUUCCGGCUUAAUAAUCAAUGCUACAUUAAACUGA